ACACCCUCCCCUACAAUUAAUUACAAGCUCCGGACGGACGACUGCGCAGUCCAUCUCCGUCGUCAUUCUCCCCGAGACGAGACGGCGCACGCAUUGGAUGCCAUUCUAAUCUCUCCCCCGCUGCCGCUCCUCCCCUCCCUCUCCAUUAUCGGAGGUCGGCCAAACCCCCAUUCCAUCCCCUUCCCCGGCCAAAAACAACCAAACAAGUAACAAAAACCAAACCUUUUUCGUCGCUCCCCCGCUGCUCUGGUCCUGCGCGCUGGAGCGGAGCGCUCGCCUGCCUUCCGGAAGGGGGAAAGUGGGACUGAGAGAGAGCACACCAGAACCAGAUGGCCCUGCUCGCCGCCCCUCGGUAGCCCUGGCCGGACAUUGCCGCCUCCCUCUUCCUCCUCCCCGGACAAGAAGUAGAAGCCGCCGGGGGCAAUGAGGAAGCACGGGUGGCAGCUGCCGUACCACCCGCUGCAGGUUGUGGCGAUAGCCGUCUUCGCCGCGCUGGGCUUCGCCUUCUACGUCUUCUUCCUCCCCUUCGUCGGGAGCCAGACCUCCCAGUACGUCGCCAUGGGCCUCUACACCCCGCUGAUUACGUGCGUCGUCACGCUCUACAUUUGGUGCGCCGCCACGAACCCCGGCGACCCCGGCAUCUGCAAGUCGACCAGGCCGCACUCGAGGCUGGACAAGGACGGGCGGCACUCCCACUCCCACUCCCACAUGGAUUCGGACCACGGCCUUCAUGCUGCUGACAACAGCGAGAAGCUGAGCAGCAUGCUCGAGAGGAAGGACUCGCCUUCUUGGCCCAGAUGCUCUCAACUGCUCUGCUUAGUCUGUUUGCCCUUUUCAUGCUUGUUCAAGAGAUGCCUCCAUCCUGAUGACCAGCAUUCUGAAGAGAACAUGAGUGAGGAGGGCAUGUUCUUCUGCAGCUUAUGUGAAGCCGAGGUUUUGAAGAACAGUAAGCAUUGCAGAGUGUGCGACAAGUGUGUUGAUGGCUUUGAUCACCACUGCAGGUGGCUCAACAAUUGCGUUGGGAAAAGGAACUACAAAGGGUUCUUCAUUCUCAUGUCUUCUGCUGUUCUCCUGCUUGUAGUGCAGUGGCUGUCAGGAACCCUUGUGAUAAUUCUCUGCAUUGUGAAGCGAGAGGAGUUCUCAAGACAGAUUGACUCAAAGUUAGGAAGCAGCUUCUCAACUGUAGCAUUUGUAAUUGUUGUGGCUACUUGCACCAUACUAGCAAUGAUUGCGACUGUACCACUUGCUCAACUUCUGUGCUUCCAUAUUCUUCUUAUCAAGAAGGGAAUUAGUACGUAUGAUUACAUCAUAGCUUUGAGAGAGCAAGAGGAAGAUCAGCAAGAAGAGGUUGCUGGUCACCAAAGUCCGCAGAUGUCUAUCAUUAGUUCUGUUACUGGAUUUAGCACAGCAAGUUCUUUUGGCCCUCUUCAUCGUGGUUCAUGGUGCACUCCACCACGAUUAUUCCUUGAAGAUCAGUUUGACGUCAUCCCUCCGGAGAUUGGCAUGUCACAGAACCCUGGAAGUAAGAAGAUGAAGGUACCGGAAGGAGCAAGAAGAAGAAACGGAACAGUAAAAAUCAGCCCCUGGACACUGGCACGCCUCAACGCCGAGGAAGUGUCGAAGGCAGCCGCACAGGCAAAGAAGAAAUCCAAAAUUCUGAAGCCAAUUACAAGACAAGACCCUCCAAUCAUCCACGACAGCAGGAGGGGGCGGUUCCCCGCCGAACUCUCUCUCGAUCCCCUCGCAAGGCUUUCGGCAAGCGGCACCGAGAGCAACUUCAGUGACGCGGCAAUGGAAGCUUCUGCCAGUCUAGCCCCAUUGCAGCUCGAAGCGAGGAGCGCUUUCCAACCAAGCACCGCGGCAUCCUCCAGAAUUGCCGUCUCGUCGCCUGAGAGCAGCUUCGAUUCACCUGAUCUCCACCCAUUUCGAGUUUCUUCAUGCACCGCCGACGAAAUGCUGGGAGUUAUGCCGCAUGCGGCUCAGAGCCACAUUGAGUUCACAAGAUCGACGAGCGACGGGUAUGAGGCGUCGGGAGGCGAGGACAGUGACCGCAUCCCAUCGAGAAUUGUUCACAGAUCGGCCAACUGGGCUAACUCGCUUCUGCAUUCUGGUCAGGCUGGACAGGCGCCUGACCAGCACAUGCCAUCGUCUGAAGGGUUUCUUAACAACAGCAGGUCAAGCUAGUUAUAUGUGCUCAUCUGACCAACAGAAAUGGUAGGAAGAAGCUGCGUGGUGUUGGUACCUGGAGAAUCACUGCAUAUGGCAGAGCAAAGCUGGGAAAACAUUGGUUAAUUUGUAAUCUAGGGUUAGAUUUUGUUAGCGACGAUGUUAGAGCAAUGCUCAUUUGAUGUUAGCUCAUGCAAACUGCUAGUGUGUUGCUAACAGUAGCAUUCUGGUGUGUUUCGACAGAUUGCAGUUGUUAAGCUCAAUUCAGUAGAAAUUGUCUGAUGAUC